CUCCCACAGUAGGUGGCGCGGCGGUCGUUUGUCCUGCAGACGUAAACACUUGGCAACACAUGGCACAACGGUGUGAGAGCCUCGUGGCACUGUGCUAACCAUAGGGCACGUCAGGAGGCGUCCAAAGAGCCCCUGGAGUGAUAGAAGUGAGUGCAGUCCAGCAGGCAUCCAGAAACCAGGUGUUAGCAGGGUGCAGAGACAAUGUUCCAGCUGGCUGAGAUCCGCCACAUGGUGCGCAUCCCUCCAUGGCUCUUUGGCCAGACUCUCAAUGAUGCUGUAAUCGAAGAACUCAACCGCAAAUUAGCAAAUAAGGUAGUGCUCAAUGUGGGCCUCUGCAUUGCCCUAUUUGAUAUCACCUCCUUGGGUGACUCGUACAUAUUCCCAGGGGACGGCGCCUCCCACACUCGGGUUACCUUCAGAUACGUGGUCUUCCGCCCUUUCCUGGAGGAGAUCUUGGAAGGUGUCAUCAAGUCUGCCAAUGCUGACGGAAUGCAAGUAAGCUUAGGAUUCUAUGAUGAUGUUUACAUCAGGAGGGACUCCAUGAUGGCCAACUCACACUUUGAUGAAACUGAUCAGACUUGGGUGUGGGACUACCAGACUGAAGAUGACACCCACCACUUGUUUAUGGAUAUUGGUGGAAAAAUCCGCUUUAAGGUGGUUGCUGAACAGUUCUUGGACACAACUCCCACUGGACCAAACCUUGCCACAGGAGACAGUGCUGUGUCUGACAGGAAGGAGGGUAAAGUUCCAUACAUUGUGUAUGGUGCGAUCAAUGACCAGGGGCUUGGACUGGUGUCAUGGUGGACUAACACAGAGGAGGGACAGGAAGAGGAGGAUGUUGAGGAGGGAGAAGAGACACUAUGACCUCAGUAUAUAUUGGCUUUACUAACUGUUUUAUAAGGAUCAAAGUGACAAGAGCAGCCCAUAAUGACCCAAUGCCUGAGUGUGAAUGUGCUAAGCUGGCAUCCAUUAUGAAGUGUAUCAGUCCAUGGUGCAGGUGCAGAUAAGGUGGUUGGUCAUC